AGACGCGUCAGCUCGUUCUUCACGCGUCUUGCACUCUGUCGCCACACUACCUCCAGACAUCCAUCUUCACAGCCUCUACGCUCAGAAACAUGGAUCCAUCGCAUCGCAUUGUACCCGCUAACGCGCCCAAGUCGGCCUCGAUCCAGGACACCGCCAACAGCCUCGGGUUGCACGAUGCCCUUCGAUAUGGACCUCGUAGUCUGGCAGCGGAGAACAAGACAAGGGGAGGGCUCAGGGAACGACUGGAGAGCUGGGAUGCUACUCAAGACAACCUGAAGCUGACCAUGCAGCGCAACGUCUUCGGCCUUCACAUGCCGAUGCGUACGCUGAUGGAACGCAAGAUCGUCUCUCGCAACCCUCAUAUGCCCGCACUUGCUCAGUCCAACCCACACCUCGAUAUCCUCAUGGGACGGGAUGAGACGCUCGACUGUUCCGACUUCAUGAUGCCAGCGUCGGAACUGGCACAACCGAUGGAUGUUCAUGCAGAAAUGGAGAAGAAGCUGCACAUGUAGACGUAUAUCCGCCGCCCACUGUACAAUGCAUUUUACCUCUUUGACGGAUCUUCUCCGCUUCUGACGAACGCCUGC